UAUUUAUUUUUUUUUUCGCUUUUCAUGCUGAAUUGUCAGUCUGUAUAGUUACCCCCAAGCUUUUGCUUUAGGUGACUGACAGGGGCCUUACAGACCUUCACCUGCUCAUCUGUCUGCAGAGAGGCACCAUCAAGUACAGGCUCCUUUCCAGGGGGCAGGUUGCAUUUUCGAUUUGGUUGCUGGAUUAUAUUAGAUUCCAUUGAGGCUAACUGACUAUGAAUAGUGAUAACCAGCUGUUUUUGCUGCUUGUAGCUGAUAAAGUUAAUUCAAUAAAUGAGCUGAUCAAGGACAACUUGGCUACAGAUUUACACCUGCAGCUUAAAGAUAGGCAGCUUCAGUGUUAAAAAAUGAAGAUGGCCCAAUAACAUUUUUAGUCGUGAAUUCACACAAACCAGCUGCAAGUCCUAUGCACAAUGAUAUAAACCAUGACAAAAGGCCUCGAAACAGUUUAGGACCAUUCCCGGAAAGCGAUUUUAGCAAAAGUUCUACACCGUCGCCUCUGUGUCCAUCACCUUCUUCCAACAGUGUUUCUCCAAAUCUGCCAUUGCCAGCAUGUCCUAUUCCACCACCUGCAGAGUUUUCAGAUUCAUCUGUCAUACUAGAUGCUGUUGGGACUGAGAUGGUUGUUGAUAUUCACAGAGAAAAAUCAGGUUUAGGGCUUGGCAUAGUUGGUGGAUCUGAUACUCCAAUAGGUUGUGUUGUAAUCCAUGAAAUUUAUGCAAAUGGAGCUGUAGCCAAAGAUGGAAGAUUAAAACCUGGUGAUCAGAUUUUAGAGGUUAAUGGUCAUGAUAUGAGACAUGCUACUCACAUAGAAGCCAUCAAUGCACUCCGACAUUCUGUUCCUGUUGUUACUAUUCGUGUUUAUAGGCAUAAAGAAACCAAAGAGAAUUCAUCUCUGAUUGAGUUAAAUGUUCAGCUGUAUAAGAAACCUGGCCGAGGUUUGGGACUUAGUAUUGUUGGAAGAGAAAAUGCUCCUGGAGUAUAUAUUUCAGAAGUAAUAAAAGGAGGUGUAGCAGAUAUAGAUGGUACAUUAAUGGAAGGAGAUCAAAUUUUAGAAGUAAAUGGCCAAAAUUUACGAGAAGCUAACCAAGAACUGGCUGCUAUAUUAUUGAAAACCACAGUAGGAAAUAUUAACAUGAAAAUUGGAAGACUGAAAUGUGAAACAAAUCUUCCUCCUAAAAGGUCAAUGCACUGAAUAUUACUUUUAUUAUAUGUACAGCACCCAAGUACCUUACCAUGGAAGAAAUCCUGUGACUAUGCAAUGUGUACCAAUUUGCAUCACAGUGCAGAAUAUGUAUUGCCGAUUUUAGAUCACCCUAUUAUUCAAGGACAUUUUAUUAUACAUCUGGUAAAUGAGUGUUUUCUAUGUCAUAUAUAUAAAAAUAUUGUUGAAAUACAUCAGAAAAUGCUCUAUCCAGGUUGAAUAAGAUGAGAGAAAAUGCAGAAAAAUAUUUAUUUAUUGUAUAAAUGUUAAAAUCAUCUUUGUAUUAUGUUUGUCUUUUUAUGAAAUGAAAGUUUUAAAAUCUGUGAAACAGAUUUACUGAAAUAUGCAAAAUAGUUGUUUCCUUCAGAAUAAUAAUUGAUGCAAGGACCUUUUAUAUAUUCUUUAUGAUGUGUCAGUGCGAAGUAUGCAUUGAUAAAAAAAGUAUUACAUUGGAGUGUAAUAAUAGGACUCAUCUCUUCUAUAAUGGGGGUAAUAAAUGAAUUCCAAACUGAGUUAUCUUUUAAAUAAAUAUUCUAAAAAAAUAAAGCAUACUGUGUGCCCCUUCCAUUAAGCUAAAAAGUUUUAUAUUGGUAUUAGAAACAUUCCUGUACUUUACUUUAAAUAAAAAAGUAUCCAGAUACUAAAUAUAUAACAGAUAAAAACAUCAGUGUGAGUAUUGCCUAUUGAGAAGUUAAAGUAAGUAUUAUUAAAAUGUAAUGUUUGAAAAUAAAAAUAGCAUACAUAUGAAAAUAAUUUCUCACUUUCCUUUGAAAUGUUGUAGAUAUUGUUGCUCUCUCAGUUUACUUAUAUGUUGCAUUUUGGAUAAGUUUUAUUUAUAAUCAUUGUAGAACAUCCUUUUCAAACAGCAUCGGUUUCCUGAUUUAUAUAUAAACAGUGAUUGCUAAGAAGCUGCUUGAGUAUAAUUUUAAAAUGUUAUUGGUAUGCACAAAGUAACUUGUAUAAUAUAUUCUUACUUUUAUCGCAGCUAUAGAAUUAUGAGAAACAUUUAUUUAUAUUUUAAGUAGUUUGUUGCAUUUAAAUGCAUAAUGUAGUAAAAUUUUAAAAUAACGUCAAUAACUAAAAAGAAGGUAAGAAAACUUUUUGUUGUUUGACUUCUAAAUUAAUAAAAAGAAGGUCUAAACAAAGUAUUUGGGCUUGUGCUCCCAUUUUUUAAGUUGAAAUUUUAGCAGGUUUUUGAGCUGAAUUACAAUUAAUGUAAUGCAUUCUUGAAUAUUUUAGGUUUAUAUCAUAAACCUGGUGAGUGUUAAUGAUGUAAAUAUGUUAUGUUGUAAUCAAAGUUAUAAUACUGUUUCGGUAGAUAGAAUGAUUUCGGCAUGGGUCUUAAGAUUAUGACUUUAUUCAAGCAUUUAUUUAUACUUGAUUUGAAUUCUAAAGAACAAGCACAUAAAUUCCUUAUAUGUAAUUUUUAAAAUUUUAUUUAAAUUUUGCUUAAAUUAAAUCUCAUUUCAUACAUAUGUGUUGCUGUGAAAAUAAAGCUUUUUUGUGAAGCAGAGAAUUUAGAAUUUUGAGAGGCUUUAAAAGAAGCAUUCAAACACAGUUUUCAUGAAAAAAAAGUAUUUUUAAAAUUACCUCAUGGUUUCAAAACUAUGAUUCAAAUUUUGUAAGAAACUGUUAAUCUAACUGUUGAUAUUCACAUUAAUUAAUCAUUUUUUGGAAUAUUAAUAAUGACUCCCUUAUUUUCAUAUUGAAUUAAUCUUCUGCUGUGUGAUAAAUGUAACUAAAAUAGAGUGAAAAUCUUUUGACAGAAAAUAACAAUUAUAAAUUAAAUUUUGAGUAAAGGAUAUUUUUGGGGGGGGGUAAAUGUGUAGGUGUAAAAGUAAUUUAAUCUGAUAAUAUAUUUGAUGACUUCCUGGGAUAUGUCAUUGUUUUUCAUGUAUAUUAAUCAUUUUGAAAAUCAAAACUUCUUUAAAAGGAAGAUAAUGAUGAAAAUUUUAUUUAUUAUUUUAUGAAAUACAUGUUGUGACUAAAGGAUGUUCUCUAAGUAAAUAUUAAGUGUGUAGUUAAAUGAUAGAAUUUUUUUUUAACUCUCCUCCUUUAAGUCAUUCUAAAUGGUUCAUGUGAACUGGAAUCAAGCAGUGCUGACAAAAUUUUGUUCUAUAAGUAAAAUAUUUGUAUGACAGUUGCAUAAAUGUUAUUUAAUUUAAAAUUCCCUGUUCCAUUUUGCUCUUCAAAUUUUACAGCAUAAAAAUUACUCUUUUAACUUUACAUAUGCUAUAAAAGUAUAAGUAAAGUUAAAAGAACUAAUGAGAUUGAUUCAUGGAUAGAAUUAUUUUCAUAAUAUUCUGUAAACUUAAAGAAGUGUUUGUUAUGCAUUUCUGAUUAUUUCUUAGAACAUAGUUUCAGUAAUGAAAAUAUUGAUAAUAUUUUUAAAUAUUAAAAAUGAAUUACAGUAAAUGUUAGCUAAAAUAAUUUUAAUAUUAAAAUGAAUUACAGUAAAUGUUAGCUGAAUGCAUGGGUUACAUCAUUAACACAUCGCACAUACGGGAAAAUCGUAUUCCACAAAGUUAACUUUCUGUGGAAAAAGUAGAUUAGAUGUAAUUCAGACUAAGAAAAUGUAUAUAAUUUAUAGAAACUAAAAAUUAUUAAAAUUAAAAGAAAAAAAUGAAACAUAAGUAAAAUGAAAAGAUUUCUGUUACUGCUUUAAAAAAAUAUGUGAAACAAAUAUUUUUUAAUAACUGAUAUUUUUGCUGAGGAAAAUGUCUGAUGCAACUCGUUAAACAUUUUGCAGUAAAGAAUGCAAAGUUUUUCAAUACCUCUUAUAAAGUAUCCUCUCAUUUCUUCACGUGGGUCUAUCUCCAUUACAAAAUCAGACACUUUCAGUGCUUUUUUUAACAAUUCAUAUAACUUGUUGUAGUUAAAGAUUCUUUAUCGUCAUCAAUAUCACUGUUUUUGUUUCAAUAUUAUAAGAUUAUUCUUCAUUUGCCAUUUCAUGAUCAUCAUUUUCGAUUAAUUCUUAGAUUCUCUUCUGUUUCUGAAAAUCAUUUGCUGCCUAUUGCUUCUGCAAUUUGUACAAUUUCCUUGGCUUAAUUUUCAGUUGCUGGGAGUCCUUUAAAAUUGUUGGCAACUUCUGUCGGGAGUUGAUGCCAGCAAGCAUUCUUCACUUGUUGAGUAAAAGUUUAAUCAUUUCUGUGCAGUGUCUUAUGUUGAAUUGCUUUCAGAAUGCCAUUAUUGUGUUGUGCUUUCCUUUGUCUAGUGCUUUAUUUACAGAGAUGUAAACAUGCCUGACAUAAUAUACUCUGAAUGUUUUAUGAUCAUUGGUUUAAUUGAGGAAGUGAUAUUCAGUGGAAGGAAUAAAACCUUUACAUUUUGUUGUGGUGUUGUGAGGGCUUCAACACUGUUAUCGUGUAUUAUGAUUAGGAUAUUUUUAAAACUCAUUAUCGUGUAUUAUGAUUAGGAUAUUUUUAAAACUCAGGUUUUGCUGUUCUAAGCAAUGUUUGAGUGAGUCUUCAAAUCAGUCAUUAAGAGGACUGUCACAGCGCAGGCAUUUGACUCAUUUUGUUUUCUGCAGCAUACCGCAUAUAAUUGAAAUUCUUGUACUGGGCAGAUUAAAUGGAGACAAAUAAGAUAACACAUAUACACAAAAUCAUGUGCCACAAAUCUGCUUUCAGCAAGGAUUUACUGUGUAGUCCAUUUUUAAGUAGAUCACGAUUUUGAAAAUCCUACUCUAAUAUCACAUAAGUAUUGAAGAGGAAAUUUUCUGAACAUUUUAUCCUGUUUAGUGUUGUACUAAUAAUGUUUUUAUGUAAAUCAUGUUAUAUUUUAAAGUUUAUAGAUAUUUCACAUUUUCAUUUUUUAAUGCAUCUUAACUAAAAUAAUUAUCCGUUCUUAAAGAACUUGAUCAAAAAGUAUCAAAUACACAGAACAUGACUUUAAAUUGGAAAGUAAGCUGAUGUGUCUAAAUUUUAUGUCAUAGAUGUUUAAGUUUUACAAAUGGAAUCAGCAAGUAAUAACAAAAGUGUUUUAUGUGUUUCUUGAUGACUUUUUUUGAUUCAAAUAUGUUAUACAUAUUAGAGAUAAUUAAGUGCAAAAUAAAUAUUUAAACUGAAAUUUAUUGAACUCGAUAUUAAAAACUUAAUCAUUGAUUAAUUUGAAUAAUUAUUUCUGAAGGAGUAAGGAAGAAAAGAUUAAGUGUUAAAUACAAUUACCAUUGAUUAGUUUUGAUUUCAUAAAUAUUGUCAAAUGUAAAAAUUGGCUGGGAACAAAAUGUGAAUACCUAACUAGAAUUAAUUGGGGGGGGGGAAUUAACUUGAAUUAUAAUAAUUGUAAUGAAAGAAAAUUUGAAAUAAUAUAGAAGUAAUAUUUAUACAGCUUGUUUAUAGCUCUUAUUUUGUAAUGGCACUUUAAAAUUUACUUUACUGGGACAUUAAAUACUAAGUACAGUUAUGAUAUUAAGAAAGAUAAGAUUUGAAGAAUCUAGAAGUAUCUGUCAAACAUAAAUUCAUUUGUUUAAAAUGAUUAAGUAUGUGUAUUGUGUGAAACUUUUGACAGUAUCUUUGGAAUGUAAUUGUUUUGUUUAGUUAUUGGAACUUAAAUUAAAAUUUAUGCCUAAUAUUUUAUUGCUUUAAUUUGACAUGUAAAAAUGUGAUUCUUUGAUAUUGAUGUAAAUGAAAUAAUGUAUUGCCAGAAGAAAAAAAGCAAAUCAGAGAUAAUUUUACUGGACUUAAGGUGCAGACAAUGGUAAAUGUAGAAAAUAUUAAAAAUAUUUAAAAGAUACCUUAAUAUAUAUUUUGCUGUUAUAAAUUUUAUUUUCAAGCAAUUCUGUACAAAAUGAAUAUUGUUUUUUGAUAAUUUUGUUGUGUAUUGCGUGUAUAAUGUUUUGUGCAUUAACAUUUUUUGUAUAAUGAGUCUUGCUAAUAUGUAAUUGCAAAUAAUUUUACAGAAGACUACUAACUAACCAGGGACAAAACUUACGGUUAACCCAAAAUGAUGAUUAACCCAAAAAAGUACAGGAAAAUUUAGCAGUUCAUGCUGUUGUUAACAGAAAAAUAGUGCAAAAAAUUAUUUGUAGUAAUUUUCAGCAGUUUAAUUUAAAGAAUAAGUUCUAUGCAAAUUUAAUCAAAAUUUAAGAUUCAAGAACACACUUCAAAACAGAAAUAACUAUGUUUUUAUUUUCAUAGUCUUCUAGGAAUCAUUGAAAAACAGAAGAUUAAUGGCUCUAUACUAUGCAUUAUUAAUAAUCAUAAUUCUUAAGUUAAUGUGAUAUAAUCUGCUAUCACUGCUAUUAUCUCAAGUAUUUCCUUCUCCUUUCUGUAUUUCUUGCAAAAAUUUUGCAUUACUUUGAUUGUUUGAGAUAGCAGGUUUUCAUCAUUCUGCAAUAAACAAACUGUCCUUAUUUUUAGCUAAGGUUCAGGUAAUCUGUAACCCAGUUAAUAAAUCCCCGGUUAAUUGGAAGUUGAUUGUAUAACAUUGGAAUUUAUUGUAUUUAAAUAAAUUAUACAAAUUUACUUACCUUAUUGUAAUUGAAUAUAAAAUGGAAAUGUGAAAAACAUUCCUAUAACUUUUUUCAAAGAUAUUUCAAUUAGGUAGCAUUUAAUAGGUUGUAUUUUACUUCCAAUAUAUUACAUUUAAACUCUGUAAAAUGUAAUUAGAUAUAUUUCAGAUUUUAGCCUGACUGCAUACUGAAGCAAAUAGUUUUAUAUGUAAUAUUUAAAGCAAAAAUGUUGCAAUCAGUGAUGGAUAUCAAAUAAUUGUAUAUAAAGUAUGUACUUAAUGGGCUGUUUUACAUAUAUAUUUUAUGUAUGAAUGCAUGAUGGAUUUUUUAUACAGUUACUGCAGUACUAGAUCAAUUUACUGUGGUUUUUUAUUGGAUUACCACUCAUUGUAUUUUACAGCAUUCCUUAGCACAUAACAGAGUUCUAAACUUAUUUUUUCUUGCUUGCACAUUUAUUUGUUAUUUACUAUUACAGCAUAUUCUAGAAAAUGCUGCUGAAAGAGUAUUUUGCCUAUAGAAAGGUGCUUUUCACAUUUAUCUGCUAUGUACAUUUAAGACCGUUUAAGUGUAAAUAACUGUUGGAUGUAGAAAAAUUUUGAACUUAUGCAACAAGCACUCUUUAAAUUGCACAUGCUUUUGAGAGAUGGUGCAUCUUUUCCAUUUUUGUAUACUUUGUUGUUAAUAAGAGGAAUAUUAGGGCAUAUAUAUAUAUAUAUAUAUUCUUAGCUAAAGCAAAGCAGAGUUAUAAAUAGGUUUGUGUUUAUUUUUUCUCUAAUAAGACUAACUAAGUAAUUUUUGACAUUUAAGUAUUGACGAUAUGCAUUAAAAAUUCUUUAGAUCUGUGUUUUAACUAUAUUUGCUACAUAAUUUGAAUAGAGUUAUGAUUUGUGAAUUUUAAAUCAUGUGGAUUUAAAAUUCCUUUUUAAUGACAGUGUUUUUGGGCACAGUGGAAGCUUGUUUAAUUCUACUGCAUUGAAUAACCAUAUGAAGGAAUGACUCUUCAGCAUUGAAUGAUUUACAUUAUGGAGGCAAUUAGAUUUUUCAUAUUUAAAGAAAUGCAUUAUACAUUUUAAUGUCUUUAUACAUUUGAAUGAGCAGUAUAAGUAUGGAAGAAAUUGCUCAGAUGUAUGUAAUCCUUGCAGUAGUGAAUUUUUCUUCAUAUAGACGUCUAAAAUUUUAUUAAUUUGAGAUUAGGCAAAUAUGCCUUAGAUCGGAUAUAAUACAAAUUCUUACAACCAAUAUAUUUCAUUGCAUUAUGGGUUUGUGUGAUGUAUGAGAUCUGCCUCAUUCUGCGUGGCUUCAGAAGCUUUAGCUAAAUGUUUAAAGGUAAAUGAGCAUUUGACCACAUUUUAUGCAAGAAUGGAAUAUAUUACAUUAAAGGUGAAUUGAAUUCUAAUCCAUGUGUUAAGUUAAAUCAUAUUCAGUUACUAUGAAGAAUAAAUAUUUUUUUAAUUUAAUUUUCAUAUGGUUUCAUUGCGUGAAAUGUUACCUAAAACACAAGUAUUUUUUUGUUAUUUUUUCAUUGCAUCUGUCAUGCCAGUAUGAGUGAAAACUGAAGGUAGAGCACUCUUUUUAAAAGGAUGGAAAUUACUCCUUGUUGUGCUAGAGAUAUCGGUUUUGGAUCUUUAUUCCUUUUUAAUGUUUAGCUCUCUAACCAUUUCAAAAUCAUUAAUGUGGAGAGAGUCAGGUUUCAGAUAUUUUUCUGGAAUCAUCUUUACUUGUUUUCUGUUUCUGCUUUUAUUACAUUGCCUACAAAUUAAAUAAUGAUUUUCAGGGUAAAAUCUCUUUAGCUAUCAAAAACUGAAUUUCUGUUUAAUUUUUAUUAAUAUGUUUUUUUGAAAACCUGUACAGUUCUACAGUUUGAUUUUGUGCCACCUUAGUUCUAAUAUCUUCGGAGUUUAUUCAAACUGUUAUCAGUUGUGUGUUAAUUAUAUCAAAGUAUAAUCUGAGUGACUUUGUCAAUGAUUAGAAUUUUUAUAUUGUAGUUAGCAUCCUUAUAAACUAUGGCAAGUUUCAUUAUUCUGAUGGUUAAAAAGUGCAAUGAAGAAAAGAACUGUUUUACAUAUGAAAAAAAUGCAAAUAAAUUUAAUAUGUUUGCAUUAUUCAUUUACUCUUCUUAUUUUAGAAUAUUCAUUAUUCUCAUGUAUUAAGGGAAUAAUGAAUACAUUAAUAUCUAUGUUACUAUGUUACUUUAAUUUAUGAAAGCACAUAAUAUUUUAAAUUAGAAUCAAAUUGUUCUAAAUAUUAGAAUUACUCUAGCAUAUAAAAAGUUGAGAGUUUUAAGAGAACUGUCCCUUCUCCUAACUGGAACCUAUGAAGGAUUUGAAAAUAGAAUAAAACAUAAUUCAUAAACUAUUUAAAAUUUUUGUUGUUUUAUUAUGAAAACUAAGGGAUAAUUUUAAAAUAAAUGUAGAAAAGAAUUUUUACCAUUUUAAUUUGAGGAGAAAAAGCAAUAGCAGAUUUUAUUUUAAAUCAAUAUUUUGUGCCACUCAAAACAAUGAAAUACUUCACAAAUUUAAAACCUUUAUUAUUUUGAACUGAAGAGCCAUAUUCUAUGAAGUAAAUGUUUCACAAAUAAUUUUUAUUUCAUCUAAUUUCAUAUAUUACCAUAAUUAUAUUUUGUUAUUAUAGUUUAAAAGAAAUCUAAAGCAGUUAUAAUUAGUAUGGCUUUGAAUGCUGUGUUUAACUGAAGUCUUAUGCUUGCAGCAUAUGAAAGAGGUUAUUAUUUUUAAGGACAGAUUGUUUAUUGAACUGUGCAAAGUAUUAGUUCUUUUGUAGCUAUAUUCACAGCCUCUAGGCUUUUAUAAAUCAGGGCUACCAGUCAUCUGUAAAGAUAUGCAUUUGUAUGUAAUAAGUGUGCUAAAGCAUAUGACAUGAUCACAAAGCUGUAAAAUAUUUUACCAUUCAUUAAAUACUGUUUUUCUUUUA